AUGACUAAGAAAUAUCACUUCAUGGUUAACGAAAGCAAAUCAAAGGAAGAACAGACUAAAAAGAUUGCAGAUAACAACCGCCAUAAAAAAAGAAAGAAGAAAUCCAAAAACAAUCAACAGCAGUUUUUAAAAACUGACAAAGUAAAUGAUAUAAAUCUAAAACCAACCGAUUUCUCAAAAAAUUACUGUGAUAGAGUUAAUCAUAGCAAACGCAAAUAUAACAAAAAAGAAUUGAAAAAGUCAGAAAUAAAAUACGAAGUUGUCGAUGUUAAUUUUGAAAAAUCCAAUACUGAUUUGAUAAAAAAUAAAAAAUCUCAUAAUCUAAUUAAUGAAAAACCAAUGUGCUCCAAAGAGCUGAGAAAGCCAUAUGUGUUUAAAAAACGAACCGUUGGUCGAUCGAAAAAUUAUGAUUUUAUUUGUUAUAGUAAUCGUUUUAACCAUUUACCUGAAAAUCAUAAUUGUAUGRAAUUUUGUAGCAACAAAAACCAAAAAAAAAAUUACCAGAAUAAUUGUCGAUUAAAUAAUGAAAAGUCUAAUGACAAAUGUGAUAAAUCGGUUAGAGUAAUCACACCUUUAAAUGAUAGUGUCAAUGCAGACCAAUGUUCAAAUUCGAUGUUUUCUACAACUCAAAAUAAAGAACAAUUGUAUGACAAAAAUGUGAAGUGUCACAAUAUUAAAACAAUGAUAAUCAAUAGAGGAACUAAACACACCACAGAUAAAAAUUGUCAGAAUACAGAUCAUUAUAUAGAAAACUACAAAAUGAAUGAUUUAAAUGAUUACCAUGAUAAUCAUAAUUGGGGUUUUUAUAGUCAUAAUGGUAAAAAUACCUACAGUAUAAAUAAUGGAUUCUUAAACAAAGCAGAAAGUCUAAGAAGAAAUAAAUAUAACAAGAAUAUUAAACCAAUAAUAGAAUCAUUUCAUAAGCAGAAUUACGAUAAAAAUGUGGCUUACAACAUAUGUUCUAAGUAUACGGACCCGAAUAUUGAAAAAAAUCAAAAAUUGGGAUUGGAAAAUAAGGCUGUGGAUAUUAAUUUAAAUCCAUUAUCCAAUUCAACAUUUAAUAGCACGAUAAAUCUGCAAAAGUUACAAUAUAAUAAACAUAAUAAUAAAAAGAUUUCAACUUUUAACUUUAAGAUAUCUCAGCAAACUUAUAAUAUUCAAAACUACUCGAAAAGGAUAACAAAUAAUUCCAGUUCGUUUUACGAUCAAAACAAACAAGAAGAUAGAAACGACAAAAACAAAUGCGAAAAAACUAUAGAUAAUUCAGAGGAAAACGUGAAUUGGACAAAAAAAAUCAAUUUACAUAAAAAUAAAGAAAAUGUAAAAUAUUAUAACAAUGAAAGCAAUGAAAAUAAUUACAAUGAUAUAAAAUCUGUCAGUAUCAAUAAUUUAGACAUUUUCACUGCAUAUUUUGAUAAAAUUUGGGAAACCGUUAUACAAGAAAUUUCAGGAUACUGAAUAAAUGAUUAAUGAAUUUUUGUGUUGAUUAGUAAAUGAUAAAUUAAAUACUACAUUUUACAGUUGUUUUUUUCAUUCAAUUAAUAUUACUAGCCACUAUAGGUAUACAUAUAAUUUGCGAUACAAGAUUAUGAUUCA